AUGGGGAUUCAACUGCGUAAGCUGAUGCGUUCACGUGUGAUCGUGGUGUUCGGCGCUACCAGUCGCAUCGGGCGCUCGGCGCUGGAAGUGCUGGCAGCGCAGGAGCAAGUGUCGGUGGCUCUUGUGGCCGCAGUUGAGAGCACCAAGGACCCGCGUGUUCAGCGCUUGAAACACGCGACCAACUGCUUUCUCGUGCAGUGUAACUUCGCACAAGGCGGUGAGGAUUCGCUUCGACGUGCUGUACGCAACGCGGACGCUGUGCUUGUCGUUCCUGCGCUGUCCGAGAGUGGCGUGCGCUUUUCGAGGCGUGUCGUCGACGCUGCGGCGGCGGAGCAAGUCUCUAGAAUCGUAGUGAUCAGCAGUAUCCUGUCUACCCCUGAGUUGUUGGCUCGCUGUCGCCGAGAGCACGCCAAGGAGCGGCCAGCAACGGAAGCGGUCGGUGAGACACCGACGGAUGUUGCGGUGUUGGAAGGCUACGAGGCCGUGGAAGUUCACGCUAGAAACCAGCUUCCCGAACCAGGACGUUGUGUGUCUCUACGCAUUCCUCUUCUCAUGGAGACACUGCUCUACUGUCGAGACGAACUACUGUUCGCCAACCGGUUUAUCGGGUGCUUUGACACGGAUUCGCACGUGCCCUGUAUCUCCGUUCGUGACGUUGGAUACGCGGCGGCUGAAGUGCUGGCAAAUCCCAAGCGGAAAUACGAGUCGGUGUAUCGAUUGACAGGAGGAAUCAACGCUAGCUGCAGCCCCAACGAGCUGGCUCGUUAUCUGACGGAGUAUCUGGGACGAGAGAUCAAGUACCGCAAACUGAGCGACGCAGAUUUCCUGCGUGUGAUGAAGGAGAAACACACGCCCGAGCAAGUGGCUCAAGGCACUGUUGGUCUUCGGAUCUUCCUGGAAGCUCACAGUCUACCAGAUCAAACUGAGAAAGAGGAACCCCGUGCAUUGCAUCUACCUGAAGCAUUCCGCAGCACGAGUGACUUUCGACUGCUGACCAAGCGAGAUCGAAUGAAUCCCCGCCAAUGGCUGCAACAUCACGCGUCUGCGAUGUUCGCUCGGACGCCGCAGAACCAAGUGCAGUUGUUCGUUGUGGGCUCGGGUGAAGCUCUGUUUCUCGAAGUGAGCAAGUUCGUGGCGAGUCAAAUCACUGCACCGUCGGCGCUUCCGCCGCGUGAGGUUGGGGAGAGCGCGAUCCCGACUGUUCUACCUGGUCGACACAGUGGCGAUGGAAGUCUACAGCAGGCCAAAGUAACGUUGUGUACGGUUAAGGCCGCACCUGGAGUCUCUGGACGUAGCAGAUCUCCUGGAGUGCCCCUGCCGCCAACGGUGUACCAACUCGAAGGCGCUCCUCCAUAUCCGAUGGCAGACCUGUUGAAGCAGCUUUCGUCACUGGAUGUCGUGCUACUGAUCCCUCCACUCCGCCUUGGAGGUAGAGCGUGUCUGGACGUGGUGCGUGCUGUGGUGCACUCUGCUGUGCGUGCGAACGCUUGGGGUGUGGUGCUCGUCAGCUCGAUCUUCGUCGGGUCUCCUACUUCUCAGCACAGCGCCAUUCUGGAACAACUCGAGGAGAUCGAGAGCUGCGUCAAGACGUCGGGAGCCGCGUACACGAUCUUACGUCUCCCGUUGUUCAUGGAGUAUUUUCUAGCGCUGUCCAAUUGCGACGAAGCCAGCGAGGGACUGGGUAGUCUGGAAGAGGAGAACAAAGAGGUGCCUAUCGUCGGUGAUGAGGAAUUUGAAGCGGAGGUGGAAGCCGAGACCCAAGACGAAGUGGAAUCUGCAGAGAUGCAGGCGUCCAUGUCGUCUCCUCCGUCGCGCAUGAUGUGGCCGCUUCUGGAGCCGUCGUUGGCGUCUUCGAGGGUGUAUCUGAUGGCACUCGAGGAUGCAGCGAAGGCUCUGGUGGCUGCAGCCUUCACGUUCCCACUACACCGUGGGAAAACCAAAGGGCUCUACACUUCACGCGUGACAAUUAAAGAGGUGCAGCGUAUUUUGCAACGCCACGCCAACAAAGCGCGUCCCGUGCGUCUGAGCCGCGUGGAUGCACUGAAAGAGCAACCAGGACGGGAGUUCUGGCGCGUUGCCUACUGGCCGCGAGCGUACACGCAGCAGUUUCUUGAGUGCGCGGUGGAGUUAACGAAGAACGUGCAGACUGCAGCGGAGACUUCAGCGGCAGUUGGUGGUGAGAUUGACACGAGUGCGAUGGUUCUUCCUGUCUCGCAGAGCUUCGAGGAUCUCACCGACAUCCCGCCGCUUACACUCGACCAGUGGGCGGAGAUCAACUCCAAGCGCUACACGACUGAACUCGCUGCUCACUGAACCAAUGACUGACCUGUUGACAUGCUUGUGCUAUAGCGUAUUGACGGUCAGUGCCAACCUAACGAAGCUCGAGCAAGAAGACAAAUAGGUCAAUUUCAAUUUCGCUUAUGCAUAUACAAGAACCUGCGCUCCCGAGUACUUAACCACUUAGUCUCGGAUCUUCUUCCAAGCCGUCACGGUCUCCGCCGUUACACGAGCUUCCGUCGCGCUCUCCUGCGUGAAAACA